AUGUCCGAGUAUCUAAGAGAUGGACGGCAUCUCACCAAGCACUCCCUGUUGCCAUGGGCCGAGCUCACUUCGAUCAAAUUCAACAUGCACUCCAUGUCCUCGUGGCCAUCAGCACAACAGACCCGAGCGCUAUAUGACCUGUACGAUCUGCUGCAAGACAGUGCGUUCCAGUCGAUGGUCAACGCUCCAGGCUCACUCCUCACACAUUGCCAGGUGCCCGGCGCACAGGCCCUGCACUACUUGCUCAAGGGAGGUGGCUGCACCUCACUCACGGACAUUGACAACUGCGAUCAUCAUAUGUAG